AUGGGCUCUACCAAGGAUACCCCAAACUUCUAUUGCGAUGUUUGUCGAGAAACUUUCCGCCGCCAGGAACACCUCGACCGCCAUCUCAGGCGUCAUUUAGGCGUGCGUCCUUUUACAUGCUCCUUCUGCUCCAAGUCAUUCUCACGAAGAGACACAUUGCAGCGGCAUAUCAGCACGCAUGGAGAUCAGCCACUCCCGACAUCAAGGGCUAAAAGACCUCGAAGCAACCAUGCUUGUCAGAACUGUGCACGCGAGAAGCAGCGCUGCAGUGGGCAUCCACCUUGCGCCCGUUGUACUAACAAGAACCGCACCUGUAUAUUUGAACAUCACUCCCUGGGUAGCGAUGGCGCUCGGGAUAGAUCAUCCGCAGUGCAUGUUUUAAGUCAAGAUGACAUAGGACAAGCAGGCAUGAGCUUCGGUGGAGACAUAAAAAAGCUUAGGGCCUUACCGGGAGAUCCCCAGCUAGUGGAAUAUGCUAGCGUUGAAGCGCCGCCGGAGAUAAGGCCCUUUAGUGCGUUGAGCAUUCCGAACUGUGUCACUGAUUUGGGCAAUCUGUUCACCUGGGGUCCAUUUGACUGCCUUCAUGAUCCGCAAUACAGCGCUUCCCUUAACAGCGGCGCUGGGCUCAGUUGCUUGGACACAUUCUGCCAGCAAAGUACACACCCGUUUGAGUCUCCUCCAGUUUUGCAAUCACCUAGGCCGGGCACACCUAUCGAACCAGCUACCCUGCAGUCACUGCCUACUCCUACGGAAGAAAUUCAUCAGUCUUCGCAAACCGCGUCGCAUGUACUAAAUGACCCCAUAGCAUCUAGCUCUAUAUCCCCCAGAGGCGAUCCGGAUUCCAAUUCUGACUAUGAUAUACUGAUCGCAGAAAACUUCUUUCAUGUAAGGGCUGUGCGCAAUGAAACGUAUGAACAGAUCCAGAGCUUCUAUCUGGCCCAGACGGAAAUCUGUUUCAAGAGGUUGGCCCUUCCAGACCUUAACCGUCUCAAUUGCCUUGUUCAGCUGUAUUUUGAAUAUUUCCAUUCACAGAUGCCAUUUAUACAUCCAGUUAUGUUUGAAAGCCACGGCUCAUGGAUUCUAGUGCUUGCCGUGGCAGCUAUCGGAAGCCAAUAUACUAAAAUGGCUAAAGGCAAACAAUACAUCAUAGUUCUCUCCGAGCUCUUACGUCGUGCCAUCCCCCUUGAUGCUGCUAAAGCGCUGCAAUACGAUGCAAUGACUCUGGCGCAGUCCACUUUGCUACUCAAUGUUAGCCUUGUGUUCAAUGGCUUCCGAGACAAUAUCAUCAACCUGCAGUUUCUGCGCACUUGGCUGGCUACACUUAUUCGCCCAUUUCUCAACCCCCACAGUAAAACAGAUUCUGCCUUGCUAGAUGUGCCCCGAACUGUGACCAUUUCCGACCGAUGGCAUGCAUGGCUUCAAGUGGAAGCCCGCACCCGCCUGGUAUAUGCCUUUUUCCUUCUCGACUCAUUUUGUGUCGUAUUUAUUGAUAUGCAACCAAGCUAUUCAAUGGAUGAUUUCGAGCACAGACUCCCUUCCCCAGACGAACUCUGGAACUGCCAGGAUGCUCACUCCUGGGAGUCACAUCUCCAAUCUUGUCCGGAGGCACCCGUAAUCACUCUAAGAGAAUUUCUGUCAUCUGACUGUAGCAGUAACUUUUCUAUUGGACAAUUAUCACAGUUCAACAGGCUGACAUUACUACUCGGUCUAUUUGUUGGAGAGAAGCAAGCUGUGAACGUAUCUCGGUUUACUACUCGCUUUCUGGUGCCUAACGGUAACCCUCGCACGUUGCGGUACUCGCAGGAGACGCCCAACUCAUACCCACGCCUUAAUUCCAGAUACCAACUAUUAGAACCGAGCUUCACACCAACAACGUCUGCAUCCGCUUUCCCUGACUGCUUCACUAUCUGCUAUCAUUUGACGUCCAUUUUUAGAUACACGUCUUUGCGGGAUAUCCUUGCUUACACCGGGUGGCUUGUUACUAAUGUGGAGAGUAUCGCCGCCGGGAAGCGCAUAGCUCAAGUGAUGGAGAAAGACACAGAUGGUGCACGUAAAUGCGUAAUACAUGCCGGUGCAAUCAUCCGGGAGACUCGUGGUGUCCUAACUCCUGCUUGCUACCAAGGGUUCAGUCUCCUAUUUGCGUUUCUGUACUUAUGGGUCUAUGAGCGGUUCUGUACCAGCAUCACUACCAAAUGGCUGCGUUCAGACCAUUUCUCAUCACAUAGGCUCCUAAGGAUCGACCGUGGCCUUGACUCGGCGCUGGAGCAACAGUGGAUUGCUGGCAAUCCCGACUGUCGACCUUACCUGACCGGUGUUGGACUCCUCUUGGAACCAGGGGCUUCCACGCGCCUCCUCAGAGAAUGUCAACGUAUUCUCAAAUCUUAUGAUGCAUGGCCGCAUCUUCGAGCAGGAUUUAUAUUAGCCCUCAAUGAGCUUGUUGAGGAGGUGAACCCAUUGACUGAUGCCCCAUAUUCAUGGGCCUCGUGA